AUGGUUGCCCUCAAAAGCCAUGUGGAGGAGCCCCAGAUGGCAGUGGGGCUGCCUGGAGUCCUGGGCAGCAGAGGGCAAAAUUCCCGGGUCAGCGUCAAAGGGGAGGCCACACUCGGGGUGCAGUUCAGGGAUUUCGAGGGCCCCUUGGACAUCAUAGUUGUUGAGGGAAACCACACGAGUCUCAUUGGACUCAAUUGGUUUGAUGCUUUAGGAAUUCAGGGUUGUAUCCUGUGGGGCAGCAGGGUAGUAAUCACGACCUCACUGAGGACUAGAGUCCUUGACUCUCUGCAUGAGGGACAUCCGGGAAUAGUCCGGAUGAAGGCGCUUGCACGUAGCUACCUCUGGUGGCCUGGACUCGAUAAAGACAUCGAGGCCCAGGUCCACAAGUGUCACAUUUGCCAGCAGUCCUGGCCAGAAAUGCCACAAGCCCCUUGGUCGAGAAUUCACAUCGACUUCGCUGGCCCCUUUCAGGGGCAACUCUUCCUCAUUGUUGUGGACAGUCACUCUAAGUGGCUGGAGGACGUUCCAGUGUCCACUACGAUGACUGCCAGAACCAUCCAGGUUUUGAGGGGCAUCUUUGCAACGCAUGGCCUCCCAGAUGUCAUCGUCUCCGACAACGGAGCUCAAUUUACUUCCUCGGAGGUUCAGUCCUUUUUAAGGGCAAAUAUGAUUAGGCAUGCCACAUCAGCUCCUUUUCACCUGGCCUCUAAUGGCCAAGUGGAACGCAUGGUUCACACAACAAAGGAAUCCUUGAAAAGGAUAACCCAUGGAAACUGGCAUCACAGGCUGCUCCUAACUCAGGCACUGUGCCAACGGGACAUUGCUCUCAAUCGGCUUUUCACGCCGAACCUGUGGAUUCUUCGCUGCCGCGGAACUCUGGCUCGGGCCUACCGGAACAGGCCAGCCUUCACAAACUGGCUUCACCCAUAUCGAACGGAUCACACUGCCCCGGUCUGCCGAGCCUGGCAGGCAAGCUUGCAGAUUGGGAGCUAG